AUGGUGGAUACUGAGGCAGCAGAGGGGCUCCGGGUGUGCGACCUCCUAGCACCAGGGAGGACAGAGUGGGACGACUCCAGACUACAUCAGUUGUUUGGGGCACAUCUUGCUGAGAGGAUCCGAUCCCUUCCAGUACCAGGAUGCAAGGGACCAGACGUCAGGGUCUGGGACACCUCAUGCAGGGCCAGUGUUAGGCUGGGUGAUCUGUCCCGGGUUAUCCAGCGGGGACAAGACUGCGCCUGGAUUUGGAGGUCCGGGCUCCAUCCGAGGGCAGCACUCUUCUUAUGGAAGGUGAUGUGGGACCGCCUUCCGACGAGAGCAGUGCUGAGUCGGCGUGGUUUGGGGAUCCCUGCAGAGUGCGGGGCUUGCGGUGCAGAUGAGUCUGUGGAUCAUGUAUUAUUUCGGUGCACUUGGGCGAGGUCGACAUGGCAGUGGACAGGUAUCCCGGAGGAGGUGUGGCAGGAGAGGAGACUUUUCCUGCAGCUGAUACGACAGUGGUUAGCCAGUCCCGGGACAUGUCAGGAGGCCAUCCGAGCAACUUGCACAGCCCAUCAGAUCUGGCUGGCAAGGAACGCUCGCACUUUCGGCGAGCGCAGGAUGUCGCCGAGGUUUGUUGCGGAGUCUGCUCGAGCACUGGCGAUGGAGUCCAGACUCCCCACCCCAUCAGACAUACCCUUGAUAGCUCGGGACACCUGGGGUUCCUUCUCUGCUCAGGCAGCUUCUCGGACGGUGUUCUUCACCUGA